UUUGCCGAAAACAGACCCUUGUGGCAUGAAGGUCUAUAGAACUUGGCCGGGCAAUUCAAGUUGAGGGUGAAAAAGAACAAGAGAGAGAAAGGAGUGAGAACUUGCUGUUUUCUAGCCAGUUGGCAGAGAGAGCGCACGAGCGAGAGGGAGCGCAGGCGCAUGCGCGUAGUGCUUGAGACUUUUGCCUGGAGCUGCGCCUCCUCGCAGCACCUCCGCCUGGCGCACGCUGGGUCCCGUUUGGUCAUGAGACUCUCAGCUCCCUGCUCUCCUGGAGCUCCUUGCUGUCCUUGCUGUCCACCACCAUGCCUGGUCCCCGGUCUCCGACAGCACCCCCCGGGGAAAGCUGCGACGGUGUCCCCGCUCCGCAGAGCACGCUCCGGAGCCUGGCUCAGCACCGCCCCCGAGCGCCCGCGGCCCGACUGCGCAGGAUUUUAAGCAAGGCGUGGCCACCCGCCAGGAAAAGCCUGGGGCGGGCAGCAUCCCCCCAACGGCUGGAUCUGCAGCUGGACCUGCCCAACCAGCAGGGUGAGCCUGUUCUCCAUAGCCCCGUGGUGCUGACCCAGGGCCCCAAGUCCAAGGAGAGGAACCUCCUUCUCUUCAGGGACUGGCUGGCCAUUGCCAAGCGGAGGUCUUCCGAGAGCCACAGAGUCAAGCAGAAGCUGCCUGUCUCUCACUUAGGGGUAGUCUCCUGUGACCCCGAGGAGGCGCGGGACAAGGACGAGGACGGUGAUCUUGCUGUCAGUCGAGGAAGCGCCGUCCUCUUCAUCGUGGCCUCCGACCCUUGUGUCACCGAGUUUCCGUCCUCUGACGCCUUCUUCACCUGCCCUCGCCACCCACACUCACCUGUGCUCUCAGAGGGCCGGCCGGCAGGAGCCAGGUGGCUUAGAGACCCUCGUGAGCAGCGCUCCUGCAUUGCCUCCCGCAUCGGGUACUUGAGGUCUGAGGGUCACCCUGUGUGUAUGCCGUAGCCGGAAACAGAGAUUCUGACUAAGGAAUUCCAGAUACCCCGGGAGACAGCUUGUGUCUGGGACCCUCUCGGUGCGUGUCAUCAGCCUAGUCCUUCCUGUCUGGACAGUCCAUCUGGGACUCAGGCUCUCCCCGCUGAGAAGCCCUGAGGGGACUUGGGCAUGGCCGAGAAUCUGAAGCCAAGGAGACCUACAUCAGACACCCAGACCUGCCUUCCCUUGUUUGUUUCCCAUGGGCCAGUUCCCCUACACCUCCCUGCCUCCGUUUCCUCACCUGGCAGAGAAAUGGCUAUAUCGGCUGCACAAAAUGUCGAGGAGGGAUAAAGGAGUUGCUGGCACACAUAAACCUGCGGAUUGAGAAACAAGGCAGCUUACAUGAAAUUCCGAGCACUUAGCAGGUGCGUGGUACAAAUGCCGGUUGCCAGUUGUUUUUUCUUGGUGGGGAGAAUCCAGGUCAGCAAAGCUGGGCUUCAUCGCUAAGGUGACUGACAAGAUUAGAAUUGUCCCUCAGAGUUUCUGAUCUCAGUCUCUCAGGGUGACUUUGGGAACUUCCCGACAACCUCUCCACUUGCUUCGGCUUGUUCUGGCAGACCACUUCGUGGCAAAGAGUGGAAAACAGUCUUGUGGUGUAGAGCAGAUACACACGCCUGCAGAGGGGCCAAGGGGAGGGUUCAGUCUACACCUGAGGAGUUUGGAGGCACACGUAAGGGCUGAGAUGUCACUGGGCAUCACUGCAAGGAAACUGGGUUCUGCCAGGUUUGUAGCCGCCGACUUGGGACCUGGGCAGGAAUGGCGGGUAUCAUGUCACCUUCCUUUGCUUGCUACAGUGUUCUAGAAAAUCAGUUUCUAGUUUAUCCUUGCAGUAGACAACUGUGGUCCUCUGAACUUUAUAGGAUCAACUCACAUAUAUAAGGUAGGAGCCAAAAUUAACGUUUGUGACACACUCCCGGGGAGGAUUCUCAGAGUAACACUGACAGUAGCAGCCAGCAGUUCCGUGGUGUGUCCCACGUGCCCCACGCUGUUCUAAGCGCUUCACACACAAUCAUCCACUUCCUUUCUGUCACAGAUGCCCUAGUCUCAUGUGAGGUAAGAGUCUUUCAUUCAAACUGAGUGUCACAAUCGGAUUUUUAGAGCUUCCUCUAAGUCAUACAAAAAAUUGUUUCUUUUACUAAUAUUGGAAGCCCCACCCCGUCCACUAUCAGGUGACCAAGAGAUGCCUUGUGUCACACUGGACUAGGCUGUGGUGCCUGAGGAUGGCUGUGCCCUUGACCGGUUCCUGCAGUGUCCUCACUGGGAUGUCCUAAAGUCUUAUUCUGUUCUUUCUGAUUUGCCCAGAUGAGUUCCAUUUACAUUAUCCGUAUAGGCCAACCAGCAUAAACAAUGCUUCUUUUCAUAAAAAGGAAAUUCGGGAUACCGUGUCGUUAUGAGAAUUAAAUGAAGAAAUGUGUGUAAACCUCCUAGCAUGGAGCCUGCUGCACAUGGUGCUCAACAAAAGUCAGGUUUUUCACACCAGUAAAAUGGAAGGACAUUCCAGCCAAAGGAAACAGCAUAUGCAAAGGCUUGAGCGAAAGGCUGGGUGAACUGAGAACUCCGAGAGUAUACUGAUCAGCUCAGGCUGCAUAACAAAGUACCACAGACUGUGGGAUUCAAACAACAGAGAUUUACUGUCGCACAGAUCUGGAGGCUUGAAGUCCAAGAUCGAGGUGUCGGCAGGGUGGUUCCUCCUGAGGACUGAGGGAAGAGCUGUUCCCGGUCUCUCUCCUCGGUCUGUAGAUGGCCCUCUUCCCCCAGUGUCCUCACAGCCCCUUCCCUCUGUGCACAUCUCUGUGUCCAGAUUUCCCCUUGUUUAUGAGAUCACCAGGUAUAUUGGAUUAGGGUCCAUCCUAAUGACCUCAUUUUAACUUGAUUAUCCCUGUAAAUAUACUAUCUUCAACAAAGGCCACAAUCUGAGGUCCUGGGGAUGAGGACACCAACAUACAAG